ACUAGAUGGCGGUAAUACAAUCCAUUUGAUACGUUGCUUGCCAUUCGCCAUAAGAAAAAGAAGAAGAAGAAAAAGCUAUGCUUCUCCAACACAUCUGCACAUGCGCACUGCACAGCUGAUUGUUGACGUAACACAUGUUGACAUAUGGUUUAAUAUGGCUUCCAGCGCCUGGUCCGAAAGAAUACUGCAGCUCCUCCGGCGAAUGAACAACUUUUAUUCAGCAGGUUCCAGUAGGUCCAGCUGCUUCAGGUUUGAGAUAGACGGAGCCCAGGUUGGCUGGAUUCCUCCCCAUGUAGCCUCACUGCUCAUGCCACACACGGACGUGUUCCUUCCGCCACAAAAGGGCGCUGUUUCCCUCUGUCCCAGCCUCGACUGCUACGAGAAGAGGUCAGAGGCGGUGAAUGAUGUUGUAGAGGCCCUCAGGCAGGAGAGCUCUCUGACCUGCCUCAGAGGAUGGAGGGAUGAGAGGUACAGUGUGAAACCGAGAUUCUGUGACGUGCCUCUGAUGUGGAUGGAAAGAGCAGCCACAAGUCUUUUUGGUGUGAAACGGUACGGAGUUCAUAUUAAUGGAUACACCGUGAAUGGCAGUGGGGAGAUUAGCAUGUGGCUAGCCCGACGGUCCAACACCAAGCAGACCUAUCCUGGACUGCUGGACAACAUGGCGGCUGGUGGUCUGGCUGCGGAUGUUGGAAUCAAACACACUCUGAUUAAAGAGUGUGCGGAGGAAGCUUGUAUCCCAGCAGACAUCGCUGCGAAGGCGUGUCCAGUAUCGACUGUAAGCUACACCUAUGAGGAUGAGGAGGGGGUGUUCCCAGAGAGCCAGUUUGUCUUCGAUUUAGAACUUCCUCUGCACUUUGUGCCCUCCGUAGGCGAUGGAGAAGUUCAAGAUUUCUACCUGCUGCCCAUAGAGAAGGUGAAGGAACUGCUGGCCACUGAUGACUUCAAGCCCAACUCUGCCAUGGUCAUCCUGGACUUUCUCAUUCGACAUUCGCUCAUCGAGCCGGACACAGAAUCGUACUAUCAGGAGUUUGUAACGGGACUCCAUCAAACAUUGUAGACCAACGAUGCAGUUUUCACGUCAUCCGUAAAUGCAGAGGCCAUCUUGGAUUUCGGUAACCCGGAGCCGAGCAUUUAGGGGAGUUGAUCACUUGACAACAGCAGACUGGGCGUCAGAACUGGGACAGAUCCGGUCUACCUCAACUCUCAGAAGUCUUUCGUACAAAGAGAAGAUACCAGAUGGGUUCUAGUUAGAAUUUUACUGGACAAUCUCAGUACUCAGAGAUGCUUAUAUAAUGGGUGAAGGUUGUGUUCAAGUUGAGAUUUUGAUCAUUAUUUAAGAGAUUCUUCCAAAUCUGUACAACGAGGAAUUGAAGGUGGAACGUUUAGGUGCAGAACCCAACCUGAGGAAGAUCUCCAAUGGACCAGACUUCACCCAGCUCUCCUUUCUCCUCCUCAGCCUUCUCGUCAUCUCUUAAAGCGCUCCUCAUCUCUGAAAUGACUCAUCCUUUUAACACAGCCUUCUUAAGUUACUGUAAAUCAUCAAUGUUGACAUUAUUUGAAUGAAAUGAGCUGGGUUUUUUGGUUUUGGUUUCAGCUGUUUAAAAGCCAGAUGUUUGUUUUUAAGACUAUAGAUGUGUGAUAACUAAGCAUAGUCAACAGGGUCUUCCAGUGAGUAAACCAGGUACAUCUUCACAUUUCCUGUCAAUACAGAAUUUUUUUAUAACAGAACCAUGGCAGCCUGCUGGUGAACUGCCUCAGUGCCCCAUCACCAGGCUUAGCAAGUUUUUAUGGGUGAAUCUCUGUAUUGCAAUGAUCUGCUUCCCAACAACUGUUUGAUAGCCUAUUAAAUAUGGAUGCACAAACAUGAAAAUUGGGGCUGAUAACCGAUAUUUACCAAUAUCACAGAUUUAAAGUAUUUCCUUUCGAUUUUGACACUGUAAAGGCAACCAGGCCACUUUCAUUCUCUACUUCAAAACUGGAUCAAACCUGUUGCCUCCUCUCAACAUGGAUAUUCUGUAUGGCACAGGGACAAAUGGGUGGAAAAUAUUCAUAGACAAAAUAUUUUACUUCAUAUUAGUACAUCGUUUCAGGUCUUUGUCUUUUGGCAGUUUGUCAUGUUUGGAUGUAAACGAAUAAUGCGGUCUUCACUUAAAUCGCUGGAAAACAGGAACUGGUAAUAACUGGACCACUUCAGCUGCUUUCCCACAUCUUGAUCCAUUUUUUAUGAGAGAACUCCGUUCCCGUUUUAGAAAACAUUUAAUAUCUUUGACUGUGAAGCACUUCACUUGAAAUCGUCUUGACAAAUCAAACGAGAACGAGCCGCAGCGCCUUUCUCCGUUUACUUUAUUUCCUUUAAAAUACAUUAAAAUCUGCAGAAGUUUCAAGAACGGUUUUGUGUAUAAAGGAACAACCGUCUUACAAAUCCCUCAGGAGCUGUGUGCAUUUCAGAAUGUUUCCAGAGUGUACACAACACUGACCUAAUGUUUAAUAUUUGUGCAAAGUACAAGGUAAGCCAGUAGAAUAUCACAUAAAGUAACAGAAAACCCAAGAGGAGGCGAGUUAGCUUGCAGACAGGAAACACGUUAAGCUGAAAUUAAAAAGGUCAACUUUAAAUAACGGGAGAACGACAAAGUAGAUGAGUUUCAGCAAUUCAGCAGAAUCUGUCACUGAACAGCAGAAGUCACAUCAGUGCAACAAAAUCCUGAGAAACACCGACGGGGUUUUUUUUUUUUGUUUGCUUGCCCAUUUCAAGGGUUUGUCAAAGUUGAAAGUCGUUCUGUUGCAAAUGAAAAGCCUACAAAGGUAACAACUAAGUGAUUUGAAAAACAGCCCUGCUUCUGCAGAAUGCGACGGUCGACUGUGGAGACAGAUUUUACUGAAAGCACCGAGACAACAUGGGAGGAGACCAGAGAGCGUGGAGAGCUCUGCCUCUCCGGCCCAUCUUAAAACUGCUCCCAACGCCUUAAUAUUCCAUUCAAUUUAGUUCUCAAGCAAAAUAAACAGGUUAAUGCACGAGUUAGAUGAUAUUUGCCAUUUUUAGACGUCUUUAAAUACAGAAAAAGAAGCAGAGGAGUAUUCAAAAAGCUGUCACUACACAGUUCAGAGAAUGUGCUUACUAGUUUUGAUAUAUCUUGAAUUAUUCCUCCUUUUCCAGAAAAUAUACACAUAGAAAUAUCUCAGUAAUAACUAAAAGAUAUAUAUAUAUAUAUAUAUGCGUGUGUGACUUUCAUUUGGAGAAUUUGGGGGUUUAUAAUUGACUUUGAGAAACACAGGCUUGCAUGAUAUCUAGGGACAAACUGUAAAUUCUAGCUGAAUAACUGAAUGUGAAUCUGCACUAAACACAACGGUUGAACUAACAGCUGUGUGUUUACACAGGAACAAAAAAAAAAAA